CACCCGCCAUAAAAUGCGCGGGUAACUAACACGCGCCUCUUUAGCCUUCUCUGCCCUUCUCUUCAUCGCCACCAUAGCUCUCUCACCUCUCGGAUUCCCAACUCUCCCUCUCUCCAUGGCCAAGCGAUCCAAACCUCAAACUGAAAUUCCCGAAAACCCCUCAACUUCCUCCAAAAUCCCAUUCCGGCCCCAAAAAAUCCUAAAGCUCACCACCACCACAACCAAGCUCACCAUCUUCCCCAAAACCCUAAGCCCAUUAACCUCCCAAUCCGAAAUCACACUCGCCCUAAAUCACUUACGGAGCUCCGACCUGCAAUUAUCGGGCCUGAUCGACUCCUACACCCCGCCGUCUUUCGAUUCCGACCGACCCCCGUUCCAAUCACUCGCGCGUAGCAUUCUCUACCAGCAACUCGCCACCAAAGCCGCCCAGUCGAUCUACACGCGCUUCGUCACGCUCUGCGGCGGCGAGUCGUUGAUUCUCCCGGAAACUCUGCUCUCCCUAACGGCCCAGAAUCUCCGGAAAAUCGGGGUUUCGGGGCGGAAGGCGUCUUAUCUGCAUGACUUGGCGGAGAAGUUUACGGAUGGGACUUUGUCGGAUUCGGCGAUUCUGGAAAUGGACGACGAGUCGUUGCUGACGAUGCUGACCGUGGUGAAGGGGAUUGGGGCUUGGUCGGUGCAUAUGUUUAUGAUAUUCUCGCUUAAACGACCUGACGUUUUGCCGGUGGGGGAUCUUGGUGUGCGGAAAGGAGUGAAGAUGUUGUAUGGGUUGAAGGGGCUGCCGAAGCCGUUGGAGAUGGAGGAGCUUUGUGAGAAGUGGAGGCCUUAUAGGUCUGUUGGGUCUUGGUACAUGUGGAGGUAUAUGGAAGCCAAAGGGGUGUUGUAGUUCCAAUUGGGUAAGGUAGUCUCUAUGAUCAUGAAUCACAUAACACUUUACAUUGUUGUUGAAAUUUGAAUGAUCUGGUUAGUUUCUCCCACUUGUUGUAUUAUUUUGUUUGUGUAAUAUAAUGCACUGGUUUUGUCAUUGUUAGACUGGAUGUUGAAUUGUUCAAUUAGAAUGGGACUGGUUA